AAAGUAGUCUUGUCUAGUUUUCUGUCAUUUUUUUUUUUUUUUUUUGUUUUGAGUAUUUGAAUAUCUGCAUUGGAUCAACAUGGACGCUAGAAGCUCCUGGGGCAAAUCCACACGACCUCCAACGACGAACCAAUGGGGUCCCACUCCCCCUUCUUCUCCAGGCUCCAACUGGAACAAUACCCCGCCGCAGAACCACAGCAGCGGUGGCUGGUCGUCUGCCUCUGCCACUACUAGCUGGUCGCAGCCUCCCCGUAGAGACGAUGGAUGGAACAGCGGAGCCUAUGCCUCCGCCCCGCAACUGGACAACUCAUAUCGGGGACGAAACCGGGCAAAUUCCUGGGGAAACGUCUAUCAGUCCAGGAAAGAUGACUGGGACGCUGUGCCUGGUUGGAGUAGUCGCCCCGAGAAUACAAGUGGUUGGGCAGGUGCACAAACCGUCGGCACCACCGCCGUCAUUAGCUCCUGGGCAACAGUCCCUCAGCCGGUCCCUCAGCCAGUCGCUCAGCAGCCUCCUGCUCAACGUUGGGGAGCUCCCCCUCCUACCGCACCGCCGCCGCAGCCCGGUUCAUCUGGGUGGAGUCCGGCGGGUUGGGAUCCUCUUCCCCCAGUAAAGCCUGUCGAAGCCCCCCAGCCAGCUACUGCCGGAUGGGACGGCAGGAGACCCGCUGGAUCGCACCAGAGGCAACGUUCCCAGCACAAUAAUUUCUCGUCAGUCCCUGCCCCCACAGCAGCACCUUCUGCUCCUGGAACGGAUCGAGCUGUACAUUUCAAUAGGCCUGACGACGAUGGUCAUCGCGGGAAAGGCGCUCGACGUCCAUCCGCAUCGCGACAGGGCGGUCAGGGCAAUUCGACUCAUCGUACUAAUGAUGCUGCAAGUGGUCGACGUGAUCUGCGGAAGGCAAAAUCUGCUUUUGCAUUGGCGGAACGUCCCAAUCUGUACGUGGACGAGCCAUCUGGCGAUCGCCGUCAUAAUGGGCCACGCGGCUUCCACAAUGACUCUCGUGAUCAGCACGAUCACAGAGGUAACAAGGAAAACCGCGGCUUCCGUUCGGACAAGAAGAGUAAUGCUAAUCUUAAAGGUUCGAAAGGUAACCCUGCCGAAACCUCAGAGAUUAAAGCUGAGGAUCCGAAAGUUGCGGACGAAGCCCGGCGCGGAUUAGCUAAAGCCUCCAGCCGGCUCUUUAGUCGACAGGUGGAAGCCGUGAACAAGUCUCUUGGUGGUACUGGCGUUCCGAAAUCUCCCGAGGAGAUCCAGGAACAGAAUGCAGUGCCAACACAGAGGAGGAAAAAGUCCACCCGUCACCUCAGGGAUACAUCUCGUACGGAGAAGGACAAUUCCAAGGCCACUGGUGUUUACAUUUACGGAUUCCCCAAAUGGGUCCGCGUUAGGGAGAUCAUUGAAGUGUUUGCCGAAUUUGGUGCUAUUGUAAAUGUUGGUAUUGUUGGACGACCUAAACGUCACCAGAGGGCAUACGCGUACGUUGACUACGAAACACCAAACUCUGCUCAGAAAGCAGUAGAAGCGCUCAAGGAGAAGCACUUUUUUGAAAUGAUGCAACCACUGGAGCUUCGGUUGCAUUUUGAAAAGGCAGAUCGUAGUGUGUUGAGCAAUGAUUCUGGUACCAAGCCUGAUUCGACAUCCGCGAAGGCAAAGGAUGACGCUUCUCCUGCUGGUGAAAAUGUCACUGAGCCUGGUGCGGAAGGACCCGCCGCUGCCGAUGUGCCUGCCAAAUUAGACCUUCGCACGCUGCAUCUUGGUAACAUGCCGCUCAGCACAGACAAGGCGGAGCUCGACAAAGUCUUCUCCGCUUACGGAGAGAUUAAGCGUCUUCACGUCGUGAACCGACCGCGUGAAAAGCGUGCCUAUGCCUUUGUCUCCUUCCAAACUGAAGAGAUUGCCAAAAGUGCAUUUGAAGCCAUCAAGAACCAGAAACUCUUUGGAAUGUCUGAGCCCCUCAAAGUCGACUACGCACGCGUCAUUGAAAAGAAAGAACGGCGCCAGCCGGUUGACAAACCAUGGAAGAAGGGCGAAGCGCUUCAAAAGCUUGAUCAGCACAGUGAACGAAAGCAGAAACAGCGACGUGAACGGGCCGCACGCAAUGCCGUUCAUGUGCGUGACGUUCCCGCGGAUAUGUCUGCGGAAGACUUUAUGGCCAAAUUUGCUGAACACGGUCCCGUCAAAUCCCAUUUGAUCUUGAAAAAGCCCGAUCAUCAAGCUACUGUUGCAUCUACCUAUGCCCUGGUGGUGUUUGAGAAUCCUGAGGAUGCCGCCAAAGCUGUGGCCGCCAAGACCCUCGGUGCUGCCUUCCCUCGUCAGCGACGGAUCCACGUUACCGAUCUUCCUAAAACUGUGACGCAACAAGAGCUAAAGGAAUUUUUCACCGGAUGUGGUGACAUGCAGCGUCUCGAAAUUCUCCCCGCUAACACCGAGACCGAUGAAACCGUGACUGCUGUUGUAGAGUUUGCCCGCGGAGACGGCGCCGCCAAGGCCAUGGUCAAAUGCCAUGAAACCGUUCUCGCGUCUAUUCAGAGGAAAGUAGCUGCUGUGUACGCUCCUGCUGCCAAACGGGACGCUGACAAAACGGAUGACAAAACUGGACAUGCCGGAAAGGAGGAAGAUGUCGACGAAGAGGAGGAUGAGGAUGAGAAAAAGAACGUAAAGGAUGAGGACCAUGAAGAUGAAUCCUCUUCCUCAGACGAUGAGGACGACGAAGACGAAGAAGAGAUGAAACCUGUUGAAACUGGAACAAAGGGGGAAGAACCCGUCGAGCACCCCAAAGUUAUUACCGAGGGUGUGACUAAAGAAACGGAAAAUGGAGUUUCUGGCUCGGUAGAUACUCUUACCGAACCUUCCAGCGAAACCGGUUUAACCGUCAAAGAGGAACCUGCCCACCUUGACGUGCAAGUGGCCUCGGCACCGAAAGAAGCCGAAGGACUACCCGUUAUCGAAAAUAUCGCCGCAGCUGCUGUUGAACCCGUUGCGGAACCAUUUGCUGAACUGGUCGCUGAGGCUGUCGCCGAACUUGUCGCCGAGCCUGUCGCCGAGCCUGUCGCUCUGCCUGUUGCUGAACCUGCAGCCGCAACUGUCGCCGAACCUGUCGCCGACCCAGUUGUUGAACCAGUUGUUGAACCAGUUGCUGAACCAGUCGCUGAGCCUGUUGCUCAACCAGUUGCUGAGCCUGCUACCGAGCAUGCUACGGAGCCUGCUGCCGAACCUGUUACCCAGCAUGUUACCAAACCCGUGGUUGAACCUAUUGCUGACACCAAGGCAACGGAUCCCGUCCUGAACGAUCUGCCCACCCAAAAUGCAGAUAUUCCCCACGACAACUCCGUACAAGACCCCGCCUCGUCUGACGAUGCCACUGCCAACAUUAAUGAGCCAAAAGGUUCCGAGGCAACUCCUGCGGUAACAGAACCCCGUGCCGUUGACCUGUAGAUCAGGAAAUGGUGCCAAAAUUACAAUGAUUCGCAAAGGAAUUGUUGUGGUUUGAACGCUUUUAACCAGCUCCUACUAGUGUAAUCACUCGUACCUGGUCCUUUAUUUUUUUUUUUUUUUGCUAUUUCCCAAUCAUUUUUUUUUGUGUGUGUGUGUGUUUUUGGGUGUCAUUUAUGGUUUUGUGUUUUAUCCAUCAUAUCCCGUCGCUUUAUUUUUUGUUCACUUGGCAUUUUUUUUUUUUUGAUAUCGUGUUGGGGGCAGACAUGUUUUGCGGUACCUUCUUUUGUUUGAUUUGGUUUGCAUUUGUGGGGCCCAUAUUGAGUGUAGCUAGCAUUUGUUUUUUUUUUUAUAUAAAAUUGGUAGGAAA